CUCCCAUACUCAAUCGCCGCCAGCUCCUCUUCUCGGCUUCAUGGGUUGAAGGGCGCACAAGAUCUCCCAAAGGUGAUCUUCUUCAUCGCGCUAUGGUUUGCUCUCUAAACAUGUCCGGGCUUGCCAAAGGCUCCCCCAGCCAAAGGCUCCGCGAGCGGCUGUAGUCCACUUCGUUCCACCUGCCACAGCGUGAAAGGGGCGUCCUCAGUGACUGGGCACCAGGGACUAUGCAUUUGGGACUGCUGGCGCUGGCACUGGUCUUCUUCAGCUCCAUGGGUCACGCCGAUAACCUCAAGGCCUCCAAAGCAAGAAGACAGAGACGGAUAAGCACUGAAGUUCCUCCAUCAUGUUCGAAUGGAUGUGAACACUGCUCGGAGUACAACGGCUGUCUUAAAUGUCGACCCCGACUCUUCAUCUUACUGGAGCGAAAUGAUAUCCGUCAGAUAGGCAUUUGCCUGGCCGCGUGUCCUGUUGGAUAUUAUGGCAUUCGAAAUCGGGAUAUGAACAAAUGCACACAAUGUAAAAUAGAAAACUGUGAGGCAUGUUUUAGCCGAAACUUUUGCACAAAAUGUAAGGAAGGCCUGUACUCGCAUAGAGGGCGAUGUUUCUCCAGCUGUCCUGAAGGAUUCACCGUCAACGGCACCAUGGAGUGUGUAGUCCAAUGUGAUCUAAGUGAGUGGAGUCCAUGGGGCCCUUGCAUGAAGAAGAACAAAACAUGUGGCUUUAAAAAGGGUAACCAGACCCGAACCAGGGAGCCCCUUCAGGUUCCAAGUCCUGCCACCUCCACAGGGGCCGCUCCAGCCUCGGGCUGCGUCCCGGAGAUCCAGACCCAGAGAUGUACCGUGCAGAAAAAGAUCCCAUGCAAAGGAGAAAAUAAAAAGAACCAACAGAACCGUGGAGAAAAUAGCAAGAACCGCGGACGAGACUCUAAGGAAAGAGGAGGAAACAAGAAAAGAAAGAACACUAACCGGUCCACCACUGUCCCCACCAUUACAACCAGCAUGGUGACCUAAUUUCAUCACAGCAUCAGGUGGGCUCACGAAAAGAGAACCUCUGGCUCAUCUUCAAGACUGACUGCGACAAGGUCAAAGUUAUGCGCAAACAUUUUAAAAAGGAAUAACGCUGCUACACUUAAAAUAAACAUGAUCAAUGACAAUGAGAACUGGAGGAUUGCUGUACAAAACAAUGAACUGUGUGUAAAGCUUGAGGGAACUAAGAUGCUGGCUCGGUUAAGUCCCAUGCUAUUUGCAAGAAGUGCGCGAGUGCAUGGUUAUCUUUUUGUAAGCCUUUUGUGGUUGGAGACAUGUUCCAUAUGUUCCUCUUAGACCUAUCAAUAAGGUUUCUGAACCAUAGAGGAAACCACAAACAAGGUCUACCGUCCUUACGUUGCUUAAAAAGCAUCUAAAACACAUCCGAAUCUUUUGUGGUUCGCCUAAUCCAGCUGUAAUCGCAUUCUUUUGGGAUCUCCUAAUGUUUUUGACAGGUAGCAAACAGUCUGGAGUCUGUCUCAGAGUGAAAACGUUCUGUUUUUUGUAUGUUUUUUUCUGUUGUUUAUAACAAAAGAAGGCACUGGAACUGAUAUUGUGGUUUACAGAGAGAAUGCGGAAAAAGAAGAAACUUUAAUAAUGAUGAAACUAUCCAAAUAUGAAGGGAAAUGUGUUAUUAUAUACAGUACCUAGAGACAAGCGCACUUAUAACUUACAAGCGGUUUUAUUUUUGUUUUGUUUAUUGUGGUUUUUUGGUUAGGGGACGACAAAUACAGUAUUUUCUGCACAGAAGAAGGCAGCAAUAAUAUGAGGAAUGUACAGUUUUGACGUAUGUGUAUAAAAGAUUGUGUGCUUGUGUCCGGUUUUUAUGUUUGACUUUUUGUGUGCACCUUUAUGUUGUAAGUCAAUGAGAUGAGAGAUAUUGACGGACUGUUACGGAACACUUAUCAAGACCAAGCCAUUGAGAAUCUAAACCAGCAUAAUGCUUAAGUUGCAUUGUUUAGUUACUAUCAUUUUUGUCAUUGCUCAGUUAUCAAGUUUGCAACUGGUUCAGUAUAUCAUAUUCAUAAUGCUUUGCGACAUACAAUAUCAGAGGGAGGAAGGCUGUACAUCAUACAGUUAUUUAUAUGUAGCUUCCAUUCACACUUUUCUCAGUCUGUUUGCAUUUCACAGUUUAUCCACUUGGGCUGUGUUUUUCCUAAAAGCAUUGUGAGGAGAUCGUAGAGGCUGUUGGUUCUUAUCGUUUCUAUGAAUCUGUUUAUGAUGUUUUAUGGAAAUCUUGGCCAGAUCAGUGGGUUUUCACCAUAUACAUACUCCCCUAUGGAGAAUUAUGACACCGAACAUGUCAGCUUCCGUUAAUCUUGAUGCAAUAUACAUAUUGUAUUAUAUCAGUCUGUUUCUAUAAAAAGCUACAAGGUAAAUAAACACUUAAAACAUUUGAA